AUGAAUAAAGAGAUUUUGAAAAAACGUUCCGGAGAGGCGCGUUUAAAAAGAAAAUUGAUUUUAAAUCAAAGUCGUCCUAGCAAAAUCAGAAGCUUUACUGAAAAUGAAAAUCUGCAUCAUCAUGCCAAUGAUGAGACAAGUAGACACUCGAUGACAACGCCCGUGUCAUAUUAUUCUAGGGAGCAAGAAACUUCAUUUAUCAAUUGUAACACAUCUGCUACAAUGUUUGGACGAUCUUUGAAAUCGGGUAGACAUACUAUUGGAGAAAACCAUCAUGUCGGGGAACCAGAAAUUCGUUCUACCCCUCCUCAUCUUGAGGAAGUUGAAGGAAGAGGAGCGUGUUCUUCGACUGCAAAGAUGUCAUUUCCAUCAGUACGUCCAAUCUCAAUACCCUCAAUAGCUAUCAACUCCCCAGAUGUAAUCAUCAGACGGGCAGCAAUGUAUCAGGAUUACAUGCAGCAGAUCCCAAUCCCGAGUAAUCGAGGCUCUGUCAUCCCAUUUACCUCAUGGAUUGGAUUAGGUUCAUCCAUUAAGAAGCUAUAUGGACAGCCUCUUCACUACCUUACAAAUACUAUGCUUAAGCAAUGGGACCAAAUGAGAAUUGGAAGCAAUGAUGAGUAUAUGCGCUUAGACGAGAUAAUUCAUCCAUGCAAAGCUGAAGCCGCCGUCUGGCUCAUGGAGCAAGUCCAUCGCCUAGUCUCAUCGCAUAUUCAUCUUGCUAAUCUCUGGAAGAAGGAUCCGAUGCACAAUGGUAAUGUUGAUUCCAUUUUCCCAACUUUACAGCACACAUCAUGA